AUGGUCAAGAAAAACACCAAUAAUAAUGGUAAUAAUAACACUACUGCUUCUCCAACCAUUAAAUUUGUGUCUAAACAUGAAUUGAAUUACAAUGAUGACCCAUAUUUACCCAAAAAUAUAACAAGAGAUGAUAAUCAUAUUGAAGAUAAUGAUAAUAAUAACAAAUGGAUUUGCUUAUAUGAAGCAUAUAACACCGAUAAUAAAAGUUCUAUUUCCGAGACCAGUAAGGAAGACAUUCCUCAAAAAACAAAUUUAUUGCCUUUUGGCAGAGAACAUUUUAUUCAAGCAAUGGAAAAUGUUAUUAAACAUCCAAAUAUUAAUUCUACUAUCAUUUUAAGAUCUGAUAUAUUAGUCGAAAUGGAUUCUAAGGAAGUGCCACGAAGUUUAAUUGAUAAAAAAACUGAUGAUUUCUUGUCAGAAAGUGCGGGCGCUGUAAAAAAUAAUAGCAAGCAUACCGAUGAAACUUUUUACAACACUAAAGACAUUACUGAUAUAAACAUUCGAAAGUCAUAUAAUAACAAUGACUACAAAACCACUUAUGGAAUAGUUAGAAGAAUCAUUCCAAGAAAUCCAUUGAGAGACCCAGUAAUUAAUCAAACUUGCUUGUUGAUGGAAAACUCAACAAAUGAAAAUUGUUUUAUAAUAUACACUCCGCAUAUUCAAAAUGAAGAAGAUUGUCCAUUUUACAUACCUAAAGUGAAGAGUGUUGGUAUCUUGUACACACCAACUAAGUUAAAAGUCUUUUAUAUCCCAUUUUCAACAACUAAACCAUUAAGUAUAUUUCAAGAUGAACUUAAUCAAAGAAUAGUUAGAACAGCAUUAAGAUUAUUACAAACAGCAUAUAAGCAUUCUAAUGGGAGAAAGAAUGGAUACACCCCUAAGGUUAAACAUGAUUUGGUGGUAUCUAAAUUAAAUUUUCAAAAUAAAUAUAUUGAAUUAAAGCAAAAGUAUGGGAAAUGGUUGGUUGAUAAUUGGGCUGAAAGUACUGAUCCUAAAAAACAUGUGUUCGAAGAUAUCGCAAUUGCUUCUUUUUUGAUUGAAUUGUGGAAAAUGAAGUAUACUGGUAAUAAUUUCCAGUUCAGGGAUUUGGGGUGCGGGAAUGGUGUUUUAUGUUAUAUUUUAAUUAUGGAAGGCUAUAUAGGUGUAGGUAUUGAUGCCAGAAAAAGGAAAUCCUGGAAUAUUUAUCCUGUUGAAGUACAGAAGUGCUUAAAGGAGCAAGUAAUAGUCCCAUCCAUACUGUUAAGACCCAAUAGAAUUGUACCGAAUUCUACGGCCGUUAUUUUGGAUGCCACUACUUCAAGUAACAACAACAACAACAACAACAACAACAAUAAUGAUAACAGUAAUAACAACAAUACUAUUUUUCCCAGUAGUAAUGGUAGGUAUUUUACUGUUCCUGCUCGUAAUGACGUAAUUUCUUCCAAUGCUACCAUAGUUUAUAGCAGUGACGAUCUGUUACAAUCAAGUCACGUUAAUACUGCUGAAUUUCCAGAAAAUACAUUUCUUAUAGGUAACCAUUCUGACGAAUUAACAUGUUGGAUUCCAUUGCUUGGAUAUCCAUUUAUGGUCAUACCAUGUUGUUCUCACGCUUUUUCAGGUGCUAAAAUACGUUAUAAGCCUUCUGCGCACGGUUUAAAUGGUAACAAUAGUUCCUCCACAUACGCUGGAUUAGUUGCUCAGGUAAUUCGUUUAGCCAAACAAGUUGGCUGGGAUCCUGUUGAAAAAGAAAUGUUAAGGAUACCAAGUACUAGAAAUGCCGCUAUAAUUGGUAUUACCAAUAAAUAUAUACACACCAAUAAUGUUACUAGUACGCAACAACAGCAACAACAGCGCGCUGAUAUUUGGCCAAACAAAAAAGUUUACGACGUUAUAAUGGAAAAUGGUGGUGCCGAUGGAUGGGUAGAACAUACAAUGGCAUUAAUGAGAUAA